CAUUAUUACCCAAGCAUACGUCGCGUACAUAUAUACGUGCGUUAUUUCAGAGCCUCAUUCUGGUCGCCAUCUUGGUUGAUUGGGAUUAGUGCACAAGUGCGGUGGUCCGUUUUGUUCAGACUAAUCUACCACAGAAAAUUAGAGAAUAUGAAUCGUGGUCGAAACGAUCGUCCUUAUAGGGGAGGUCAAAGAAGUAACUACGAUAACAGGAAGAAUACGCAGCAGCGACCAGCCAUGAAGAAAGACCAGAGUGGUACUUCAGGUUUGUCAAGCCCAUCCAACGCCAGACCCACCAGCGCCGGCGGUAAUCCAAGUCGUGAUGCAGGACAAGAACCGAACGUCGCGAAGCCUAGUCCUAAAGAUAUGACCAAGGAGCACCGGGCACACACGGACACGAAACAAGAAAACAAGCCUUUGGAGCGGAGCUCCUCAAGUAUGUCUUCAGGUGAUAGAGAUCGACGUCAUCACCAACGUGACCACGAUCGAAGAGAUGACAGCGGCCAGGGCCAACAUGCGCAAGAUGAUGAAAUGAUGGCAGAAACAUCCAGCCGAAAACCAGAAAAGAAAUUCACCCAGAGAUGCCGGCUGUUUGUGGGAAAUCUUACGCCUGAUACAACUGAGGAAGAUUUUAAAAGUUUAUUCGCGAAGUAUGGCGAAAUAUCUGAGGUGUUCCUGAAUAAGACUAAAGGAUUCGGCUUUAUUAGAUUGGAUACAAGGUAUAAUGCUGAGGCAGCCAAGGCAGAGCUAGAUGGCACAACGAGAAAGAACAGAAUGCUGCGAGUUCGUUUUGCCACUCAUGGCGCAGCCUUGAAAGUAAAGAACAUCCCAUCAAGUGUCUCCAAUGAGCUUCUGGAACAAGCGUUUUCUCAGUUUGGUGUUGUUGAAAGAGCAGUGGUUAUUGUGGAUGAUCGUGGUCGACCGACAUCAGAAGGAAUUGUUGAGUUUGCACGUAAACCCGGGGCUCAAAAUGCCUUGAGUCGGAUCAAGGAGGGAGUGUUUCUACUGACCUCUUCUCCAACACCUAUCUCAGUGGAGCCUUUAGAGCAGCGUGACGAGGAAGAUGGACUUCCAGAAAAAAACAUUCCCAAGAAUCAAGCCUACCAUCAUGAGAGAGAAAACCCACCACGAUUCGCUUCCCCUGGAUCAUUUGAGUUUAAGUGGGGAAAUAGGUGGAAGGCAUUGGAAGAGACAGAAAGACUUCAGCGUGAACAACUAGAAAGACAAAUACAAGACAACAGAGAGAAACUUGAUAGUGAAAUGGAGAUAAGCAGGCACGAGCAUCAGACCAUGAUGAUGCGACAAGAGUUGUUGCGUCGCCAGGAAGAAUUGAACCGUCAUGAAGAAACCCAGAGAGAGAUGCAGCUGAGACGUCAAGAACAAAUGCGCCAGAGGGAUGAGCAACGGCGUAGAGAAGAAGCAUUGAUGAAGCAACAACAGCAGGAAGAAUUAAUGCGCCGUCAGCAGCAGGGAAGUGGGUUGUCUCUAUCUCAACAAGAAAUGCGACGCAGGCAACAGUCAGAAGAUGCGGUACGUCAUGCCAACCUUCGAGUUGGUAAUGAAAGCCGACAGCAGCAGCAGCAACAGCAGCAGCUACAGUUGAUCCCUCAUGUGAACGAGCAGCAAGGCAUUGGUAGCAAGACACAGCUUCAGCAGGGCUUACAAAUGCGUGGCAGUAGUGGACAUCAAGGCCAGAUGAAUCAAGCUGGUGGUAUGGGUGGACCAGGAAACCAAGGACUCCUUGCUAAUCCAAACAUGCAGGCCCUGCAAUCUCUGCAAGGACUCGCUGGUGGCAAUUCAAAUGUUGGCAGGAUGGGUCCUGGACAAGGACAGCCUAUUCAAACGCGGCCAUCACGUUUUGACCAACCACCUCAAAAUAUGGGAGGGCGUGGUCAGGCAGGGCCAGGAGGAAUGGGAGGGCCUCAGCAGGGUGGUGGCUCUUAUGCUGGGGGUUCAGCUGGUGGACCUCGCCCUUUAGAAGAGAUACGAACUAGGCCUCCACCAUCCAUGGACCGCCGUGAUAUGGAUCGACGUGAUCGUCAUGAGGAUUACAUGCCCAAGCGCCCCCGUCGUUACUAGUUCACUGCAUUCUGGUUAGUAAGAGAUUACUUGUUGUGAUACAUGUACAUGUGUCACUCAAAAAUUGCCGAUUACCCAGAAGUAGAUUGCUUUGCAUGAGUGUGUUGGUUUUCCUGUUAACAUUCAACCAUGAACAGACAUGUUUAAGAAAAUGAUUAUGAUUUAAGCAUUGAAAUAAGCAUCAAUAAAUAUUGUAGAUGUUGAUUGGUUUGAUUUAAAUAAUAGUUGUAGGGUCAGUUUUGUUAACUGCAUAAUUCGUGCUGUUUUAUAAAUCUAUGCCAACCAAAACUUUGCUUUAGUGUUUCUUUUUGCGUUUUUCGUUUUGGUUUUUUUUAUGUUUGUUAGCCAUAGUGAACUUUGAGAAGAAAAUCAAGACGACAAACAUUGUGCAUGUACUGUAGGUUUUGAAUGACUUUAGUCAUGUCUUCUUUGGAUAGAUAAUAUGUAAUGUUUUAUUGGCUAUGUACAGAGCAAACCAUGAUUUGAACUUUUUAGAUUUUCUUAGAUUGCUGUAGGUGUGUUGUUUUUUAAAAGUUCCAAGAUUGACAGCCGUACAUAUGUAAGCAGACGUCAGUUUAGUUUAAAUUGGGGCAUCCGUAGGUAACGAUUUUUGUGUUCUUAAUCCAGUUCCGUUAAGACUUUGACAAGUUGAGAGUGUAAGUGAUAUAGUGUAUUGGGCCAAGUGAUGUUACAUACACAUAAAAGUAGCUGAAGCUGUUGCCUUUGUUUCUUUGAAAGUAAUUUAGCAGUGAACUUAGAUAAGCUGGUGUUAAUUUUUUUUUCCUUUUUACAUAAACAUACCUGUGUUUUUGGAAAGUGGCUAUUGUAAGAAUCAUACUUUUUCUUUCUUUUUCCAUCAAACAACCCCUCAAUAUAAUAAGAAAAUAUCAAAUGAGUGUAUUUCAGUCACUUCUAGUAGAUCUAACUGUGGGUACUAAGCACAUACCCUAGUCAGGACUGAUGGUGCACUAGAUUUUUGAAAAAGUUUUCUGGUUCAGAAUCUGUACCUUUGUUUGUGUGCCUCGUCACUAAAUUUUCAACUGUCACUUCAAAUUAUUGGAAACAUCUUUUAACCAGUCAUAAAUAUACUAUAUACAUGCAUGAAGAUUACAUCUUAACGUCUACAUUCGAUUUCAUCAGGACAUUAAGCUUUUAAUCGGAAUUUUGAACAUUGUGCCUCUGCUUUCAUACUUACAUGUAUCUCCAGAUGUCAACUGUGUAGUGUUGUGUUUUCAGAUCAUUGUCCAGUUUAGCGGUAGUAUAAUUGCAGGCCUUUUAAAAUGUAAGAUUGUGCACAGAUGUCAUGUAAGCUUUUCUGGAAUACAUCUUGCUGCAACACUAAAGAAAAAAUGUUGGAGUCCUCUUGCUUCUGUGAAAACUGCCAUUCAAAACAUGAAAUUACCCAUUUACAACUAAACUUCGGCAGAGGUAUCCAUUGUGUGUUUAAUGAAAAAAUGUAAUACCUCAACCGGUUACGAUGUUUCAGCUGAAUAUGCAUAGCAUGUCGUUAAAGCAAAAAAUGUCUCAUACUGAUCCUGUUCCGUUCAAAGAUCAUUUAAGAUUAACAAGAUACCGAAGCCUAGAAUGAAGAAAUGUGUGUGUUAAUACAUUAUCAGUGUAAAUUACAUUUUCUUGUGAUUUAAUUCAUCACAAAAAAUUACUGUGAGGUUGCAGACUUUUUUUCCCUCAAAACUACUUGAAACUUUUCCCAAUGAAUAUCCGGAUGGAAGAUCCUUGGAAAAUGCAAUUCAUUAAAUAUCACAACUGUUAAAGAGUGUAACAAAAAAGCUGUUUUGCUUUUGGAGGAGUCUAUAUUAACAGUAACAGGAAAAUCAUCCAACCCGCCUUCGGUAAACCUAAGCCCACCUAAACACAUCAGUAACUGACAAAAUAGAUAUUGGUAGUUGUAAGACUAGAAUUUGGAUGGGUUAGAACUUGAAACAUCUUUAUGAAAAAGGAGUUUACCUGAUGCGAAUAUAUGACUAUCACCCCUUAAGAUAAUGGUAUGGUCAAAACCAAGCAGUACCGUGCAACAUGGCUGCUCCUUUUCAAGCUCCAUGGCAAAGCUUGUUUCUUAAACUAAAUGUGCAAUUUCCAGACAUUUACCCUUCUGGUUUCCAAUCAUAGUAACCUUUUUGCCCAGUAUUUAGCGGUAGUUACCACUUUCUGUUGAUUUGUGAAGUGUUUAUUUUGUGCAUUGAUGGCAUGCGGAUGGUUUUGACAUACAUGUGACAUGAACUAUGAACGUGUGGUUGUGUGUAUGUGUACAUGUAGGUGCGCUGUGACUGCUGUCACCUUACUGGCUGAGAAAGUGUUAUUUGACAGAUUCAUAGCAUUUCAUUGUUGAAGGAAGAGACAAAAAGUUGGAAGUGCGUGUAUACUUGCCGACCACAACUCGAAGCCAGGAAAAAAAUGCACUUUUCAAGGGCCAUUUGCAGAGCGACCUUGCUUGUGCAUUAUCUAGGCACUCCGGACUGUCAUGUGGCCCGUGGAUUUUUUUGCAAGAAAAGUAAUGUGAGUGUUGCAAUGGAACGGUGUUUUUCUUGAUUUUUCUCAUAACAGUUAACUCAAAAAAAAACCAAGGCCAUAGAAUGAUAUGCAAAGUAAAUAACAAAUCCCCAUAUUGGCCAAUUUUGAAAAAUUGCAGCAAAAGCAAAUGUUGUGUACUACCUUUAAUAUCUUCAUAACGUAAAUUUUGAUUCAAACACCAAAUUUUUCAGUAGCAACGUUUUCAUGUAUUUUCACGAAGGCAUGGAAACAUUGGGGAUACAAGUACUGGUAAUGAGUUUGGUUCUAAAAAACUUAACUACUUUUGGGAUCUGCCCAUAUACCAUAAGUUGAUAUUUCAGAUAUGAUCUUCUGAUCGCCUACAUGUACAUGUAUCAAAUGAGGCAUAUUUAUUCACGCAUUUCAUUAGAUGAAUUAAGUAGUUACAUGUGGCUGUUUGCAACCUUUUUACAAUGCUUCCAUGUCCAUAACAACUUACGUGUAUUUGGAGGAACAUUUUCUACAUUAUGGAACUUACUGAAUCUCUGUGCUGUAACACCAUGUAGUCCCAUAAUGUAGGAAAUGUUCCUCCCAAUACAGACUGAGCAUUGCUUUUUUAUUAUACUGUCACGAUAUGACUGGUUGAUUGAAAACUUGUUACUUCUACAUAUUCCCAUGAAUUUAAUUCAUUUGCGAUGUUUAGUGGGCAAAAGGAGUAUUGAGGAAUCGGAUAUACACAUGCAGCACAUGUACGUGUAUGGCAUUUUCACCACAACAAAGAGUUUGAAUUGGGUAAUUCUGAAUUAUAUUCACCUCUUCGUAGAAACAAAAACACAAAUUACAGAUAUGCUUUGUGUAUGUGUGUUCUGUGGAUUGAUCUGUAUUGUAGGAUAGGUAGGAUUGAUCUGUAUUGUAGUAUUUCCUCACAGUUUACCAUGUGUUUGCUAGUUAAUGUAAUGGUUUCAGAAAAGUGAAUGUCAAGUGACAUGGUCUUGGCUAGUAUGGCAAGUAAAACACCAUGGCAUUUUUUUUUCAGUUGGUCGUUCCUUUUUCUGUUAAAUGAAGUACAUGCAUCAUUCAUCGUGGUUUACAACUUUUUUUAGCUGACAGGCGAAUCUUGAUGCAUCAUUUCCUAGGUACAUUGCAGAUUUAGAAUGUGUCUGCUACUGCUUUUGAAAUCGAGGUCUGCAUCAGAAAUCUUUAU